AUGAGUGAUGAUUUUUAUAAACCCUCUAAUACAAUGGAUAGCAGUAUGGGGUCUGGAGCAUUCGAACUAAUAUCCGAAAAAGUAGAGGCUAUUUCAAUCCCCAAUGUUUCAUCCCCAAGCCGUGAAAUUAUCGAAGUAGAAACGAAUGUGGAAACAAUACCCAAAUCCAGGAUCUCCGAAGAAAAAAUGGGUAGAGUUAUAAACAGGAUGGCCAUACUAAAGGCUGUAUUCGGGACAUUGAUAGGAAAAGACCGAGUAGCAAAAAUUUCCAAAUAUGUUAUAGAUUUGUUACUUUUGUUUAUCAAAAGUUCAACAUAUAAUAACAACAUAUCCUUGGAUAUCGAUCGCUAUUCCAAGUUAUUCUCUAACAAUAAUAUCCUUUCAAUAGUUCAGAAUCCUAAAUUAGCUAUGCGGAUAAUCGUAUCGAAAUCAUCAAAAUUAUUCCUUGAGAAGGGUACUCUCGUGAGUAGCCAGUUGAGUUUCUAUCGCCAAAUAAUGAGAUGCGGCUAUACCCCAUUUAGACUCCACCAUUGGUAUCACAAAUUUCUAGAUACCCUUCAUGCUGCCCAAAAGUCAAAGGACCUUCACUCUCAAAGUGUAGUGUGGUAUAAGGAAUGGUGGAAUGAAGAUACCCUUUCCGAUUUCAUUGAUUUGUACUACGGUAUAAUGGAUGAACUAAUGCUAUUGCAUAAAUUGAGACUCUGGUCAAAUAAAAGAAUGUACUCCUGGGUUUCGAAACAUGAAGCUCUUUCCUGGUAUUAUGAUAUCAUUUUGGGAUUGAAGAAAAACUGGGAAAAGCUUCAAUCGAUUAAACAGAAAGAAUUUGAAUUAAAAAUCCAGUAUCAGGUUCGCCAACGUGCAUUAGAGUUAUCAUCGAAAUUAAACGAAUCAUCCACUUCUUCUUCUUAUAUUGAUGGGAGCGCAUCCUUAGUUAAACAAAAUAUCAUCGAAAGCUUCAAACAGAGUAAUUUAGAUUUGGAACAGGAAAUGGUAGCUAAGUUGCAAUCAUAUCAACAUGACAAACGCAUAAUCAAGUUUGACCUAAUACGGCUAUUCUUCGAUUUCCUUGCAGAUUCAACAGAUGUGUUCGGGAUGAAGACUCCACCUGGAACAUAUGCAGCGCUAUCACUAUGCUCCGGUGUUCUUGGCUUCUCAAAAUUAUGGGUCCAAGCUGAAGAAGAUUUGAAAAAGUAG